AUGCUCGUGACAAAAUACCUGCACCUCGUCAGCAUAAGCUGGUCCAGCAUCCUCCAACAGUCCAACUUCACUGGCGCCGAACGCGGAGUUGCAGUGCUGUUUUUUCCCCUGAGUCACUUCACCAAGACGAGUCCAGGCCCGGUCGAGUGGGGAGCAAACCAUGCCGCUUCGACGCCGGGCCCAUCGAUAGUGCGCAUCCUGAGGACCCCGUCGUCAGACUAA